AUGACAAUUGUCCGCCAGACCGAACACCCAGUAGAGGUUCACGACACCGGCCUCCCACAGAACAAUUGGAGUACACCCGGUCGAGCCGCCUACGACUUCCGGUCUGAUUUUGUUACCUCUCCGAAUAUGAGCAUGCUCGAAUCUAUCGUCAACACAACACUUCUCGACGACGAGAUGAUGGAGGAUCCAACCACUAACUAUUUCCAGGAGUGGAUGGCUCAAUUGACAGGCCACGAGAGAGCGCUUCUUACUUAUUCUGGGACUAUGAGCAAUCAAGUGGCACUCCGGACAGCCCUCACCACCCCACCAUACUCCAUCCUUGCGGAUCAUCGCAGCCAUAUCCUCAACAUGGAGGCAGGUGGGGCAGCGACUCUAUGUGGCGCUCUGAUUCACGGUGUCAUCCCAGCAAAUGGCCAUCAUUUGACGCUAGAAGACAUCAAAAAGCACUUUAUAUUCAAGAAGGAUAUCUAUGACUGUCCCACCCGCGUUAUAAGCCUCGAGAACACACUCUUCGGAACAGUCAUGCCCCUCGACGAAAUCCGAGAUAUUUCCGCAUGGGCUAAACUCCAAGACCCACCGGUACACAUGCACCUUGAUGGUGCAAGGCUAUGGGAGGCUGUUGUCGCGGGCGCAGGUACUCUUGGUCAAUUUUGCGAGUGCUUCGACAGCGUUUCAUUAUGUUUUACCAAGGGUCUGGGAGCACCCAUCGGGUCUGUGAUUGUAGGGAACGCAGAGUUCAUAACAAGAGCGAGGUGGAUGCGUAAGCUUCUCGGUGGGGGACUGCGUCAAACAGGGAUAAUUUCGGCGCCCAUGUGCGUUGCACUCAAGGAAGUGUUCCUUGGGGGAAAGUUGAAACGGUGUCAGGAGAGAGCAAAGUAUAUUUCCAUGAUGUGGGAACGCCUAGGUGGGUCUUUAAUGAGACCCACGGAGACAAACAUGAUGUGGAUGAAUCUCAACGAUGGCAAGGUCGACAAGAAAGCAUUCCAACGGGUAGCAAAGGAGCUAGGACUCAAGGUGCAUGAGAAAGAGCGAUUAGAAGGGCGCUUGGUGGUGCAUUAUCAGAUUUCUGACGACGCCAUCAAGAAGUUGGAAAUUGCGAUGAGGGCUGCAUUGAAUUGUUGAG